ACCACACCACAGACAACCACACCAACCACAACAUUGGAAACUACCACACAAUCAACUUCCCAAUCCACCACAAAUACACCGACAACAACGGAGACAACCACCGUACAAUUGACAACAACCACACCACAGACAACCACACCAACCACAACAUUGGAAACUACCACACAAUCAACUUCCCAAUCCACCACAAAUACACCGACAACAACGGAGACAACCACCACAACCACACCAACUACAACAUUAGAUACUACCACACAAUCAACUUCCCAAUCCACCACAAAUACACCGACAACAACGGAGACAACCACCGAACAAUUGAUAACAACCACACCGCAGACAACCACACCAAGCACAACAUUGGAUACUACCACACAAUCAACUUCACAAUCCACCACAAAUACACCGACAACAGAUACAACUACCGAAACUACCACACAAUCAACUACCCAAUCCACCACAAAUACACCGACAACAGAGACAACUACAACCACACCAACUACAACAUUGGAUACUACCACACAAUCAACUUCCCAAUCAACCACAAAUACACCGACAACAACGGAGACAACCACCAUACAAUUGACAACAACCACACCACAGACAACCACACCAACCACAACAUUGCAAACUACCACGCAAUCAACUUCCCAAUCCACCACAAAUACACCGACAACAACGGAGACAACCACCGAACAAUUGACAACAACCACACCGCAGACAACUACACCAAGCACAACAUUGGAUACUACCACACAAUCAACUUCAGAAACAACCACAAAUACACCGACAACAGAGACAACCACCGAAACUACCACACAAUCAACUUCCCAAUCCACCACAAAUACACCGACAACAACGGAGACAACCACCGUACAAUUGACAACAACCACACCGCAGACAACCACACCAACCACAACAUUGGAUACUACCACACAAUCAACUUCACAAUCCACCACAAAUACACCGACAACAGAUACAACUACCGAAACUACCACACAAUCAACUACCCAAUCCACCACAAAUACACCGACAACAACGGAGACAACCACCGUACAAUUGACAAGAACCACACCGCUGACAACCACACCAACCACAACAUUGCAAACUACCACACAAUCAACUUCCCAAUCCACCACAAAUACACCGACAACAAUGGAG